UCUAGCAACUACUUUACUUAUUAAAGGCUGCAUAUACAGUUAAAUAAAGUACGGUUCGUGUUAGUGAUAAUAUGUCGAAAUUUAAAAUACCGUUAUAUGCGGAUUGAUUUACUCACUUUAUUGGUAAAUAUGGUCACGUGAUUCAUGCAACCAAUAGCUGAAGAUGAAGCCAGCAAAAAUACUAUGAUUGUUCAGAGAGAAGGUAUCUGUAACAGUGUAACCUUUUAUAUGACUACGAAGGGAUCCAAAAAUGUCGACCAGUAGUACAAUUAGUAAUUAUUAUGUGGACUCCAUAAUAGGACACGAAGCAGAUGAUGUGUACGGAGCUCGCUUUGUCCAGGGCUCGCACGCCACGACCUCAAGGCCAUCAGGUGUAGGGGAUAAUGCUGAUUUUUCUUCCUGCAGUUAUGCACCAAAGUCUGCCGUCUUCCCUACGUCUUGGUCCUCGGUUCACCCACCGUCCACCGCCGCAGUGUCGGGAAUUUACCAUCCAUACGUGCCACAGUCCCACCUUACAGCGGCAGAUAACAGAUACGUUCGCUCAUGGAUAGACCCUAUAUCGAACUCUGUGUCUUUUUCUGGAUUCCAUUCAAGCAGUCGGCAUUACGGGACGAAGCCUGAAAGUUUACCGUCGAAAAGGACUGAGUGCUCUACUUUCGAGGCACAGACUCCGAUAGUGCCUGAAUAUGUUUGUGGAGCGGUACCAGACAGUAAAGACAAUGCAACUAAAGAACCAGCUGGCAGCGAUAUUUCGAGUCAAAGCGAGCCCAGAGAAGAGAAGCAGCAGCAACUUGACCCAAACAAUCCGGCUGCUAACUGGAUUCAUGCUCGCUCAACAAGAAAGAAGCGAUGUCCGUACACGAAAUUUCAAACACUAGAACUGGAAAAAGAAUUCCUAUAUAAUAUGUACCUGACAAGAGAUCGUCGCUACGAAGUCGCUAGAAUUCUUAAUUUAACUGAAAGGCAGGUGAAGAUCUGGUUCCAGAACAGAAGAAUGAAAAUGAAAAAGAUGACAAGAGAGAGGGGUAAUAAGGAUCAACAAUGACUUACGCUGGAAUGAAAGUACAAGAACUGAACUCUAAAGUCUUUCUCUCUUAGGUGUGUAUAUGGUGACAAGUAAUGUGUUAGAAUUAAAAUUUCAUAGAAGCUUGUGUAUCAGAUAUGACUGUUUAGUUUCUCUGUUAAAUUGUUCGUAGAAUUAAUGGAACGGUUAAAUUGUCUACAUUUGUGUUUUCUUGCUUUUCAACAAAAAUAAAAUUUGAGUCUAAAUUAAUCCUA